AUGGAGGCACUACAGUGCAGGAACAAUAAUAAUAGUAAUACUAAUAAGAUUAUUGUGGUGUUUCUUUCUUAUUGGGUUUUGUUGCUGGGUGUUUAUUGUUACAGAGCAGAUGGUAUAAUUAAGAUGCCAAGGAACGCAACGGUGACAGGAAUGAUAUUAUUUGGUGACUCAAUAGUGGACACAGGAAAUAACAAUGAGGUAGCAACAUUGGCUAAGUGCAAUUUCCUUCCAUAUGGAAGGGACUUUCUUGGCGGGAAACCAACGGGAAGGUUCUCCAAUGGCAAAGUCCCAACUGACUUUAUAGCCGAAGAGUUGGGAAUAAAAAUGCCGAUACCAUCGUAUAUGUCUGUAAGUUUGCCGGCCGCGGAUCUUCUUACCGGAGUCAACUUCGCUUCCGGUGGCUCUGGUUACGAUCCUUUGACUCCAAAACUUCUGUCUGUGAUACCAUUAUCCGAGCAACUGGAGCAAUUCAAAGAGUACAUUGGAAAACUGAAAGCAAAUUUUGGAGAGGAAAGAACCAACUUCAUCUUGUCAAAAAGUGUAGUACUUGUGGUAGCCAGCAGCAACGACAUUUCCAACUCUUAUUUCGCAACAGGAAUCAGGAAAGCGCAAUAUGAUAUUAACUCCUACACUGAUAUGUUGGUCCAAAUUGCCUCUUCUUUCAUUAUGGAAAUAUAUAAGUUGGGAGCAAGAAGAAUCGGAGUAUUUAAUGCACCCCCAAUAGGAUGCUUGCCAUUUCAGCGAACUCUAUUUGGAGGUACAGAGAGAAAGUGCUCGCAGGAAGUCAACGAUGCAUCAAAGUUGUUCAAUGCUAAAUUAUCUUCAGUCAUGAACUCCCUGAGACAUAGUCUCACUCAAGCCAAGCUGGUAGAUAUGGAUGUUUACAAUCCUUUGCUUCAUAUUAUUGAAAAUCCAUCCGAAUAUGGGUUUGAAGUUGUGGACAGGGGAUGCUGUGGCACGGGGACCGUAGAGGCGGCUAUACUAUGUAACCCUUUGGAUCUGCAAAUCUGCAAUGACGAUUCUAAAUAUGUAUUUUGGGACAGUUUUCAUCCCACACAAAGGACCUACCAGAUUCUUGUGAGUCAAGUCCUAAAUAAAUAUGUAAACAACUUUUGAUUUGAGUAAUAUGUAAAAUUAUGAAUGUUAAGCUAAGUAAGACAAUUUUGGAUUAUUGUCUCCCUCGCAGUACGGUACCUUGAUAUAUAGUUAGUUGUAAAUGAAGUGCAAAUAAAUAAUGGAACAAGGCACACAUAAGAAGUUGCAUUUAUUCAUA